GCACUAACUGUACGAAACGUUUAAUUGUAGGCGAUGGAGGAUGCAGUUAUAUAGAAACAUCUGAUCCAUUCCACGUGUUACUGGUUAACAAUCGAUGUUAUCACAUGGUACAAGACACGAUCACAUGGAACCAGGCUGCUACUGCGUGUCGUGCCAGAAAUGGUUCACUUGCUGUCAUUCGAAACUCAGAAACAAAUAGCAGACUUCUUCAGAGAGCUCAGAAUCUUGAUUCUAACGACAGAGCUGAAGUGUCUUUUUACUGGAUUGGAGGAAGAAUACAGGCUAGAGGAGACGCCAUCACAUGGGAACUAGAUGUAAACGGAGCUGCGGUGGGCAACCCAUUUACGGCAUAUGCGGAAGAUCAGCCCUCGGGGUUUGGUGAAAGAGGAUGCGUACUGAUGGAUCCUUCAGUUAUGGGGUGGGCCACAGAAUACUGUGAACUUGAUUUUGAACUUGUGGGCUAUGUCUGCGAAUAUGAACCAAAUGGAUCGAUGUCAAAUAUGCGAACAAGGAUGUCAAAAGUGCUGUUAACUUUCCUGCUUACGGUAGUCCUUGGUCACGCUGUAUGAUGGCGGUGCUCUGGCAUCAUUGAAUGUUUAUAAGAAACAGAAUAUGUUUGUAUGACUGACAAUCAUCCAGUAAUUCGUUUUUGUUAUGUCAGAUCCAUUUUAGUUACGAUUUUUUAUUCUCAUUGUGAAGCAAAUGAACAUUCCAGUGAACAGUAAUGGUCAAACUUGAUCACUUGUUUAUCAGAAAUGCUUUUCAUAUGUUUUUUGUUUUCGUUACCUUAAGAAUGAUCUAGUCAAUAACGAAAUUCUAUACUAUAAUCCUGAAUCAUGACAUAGUGUAUUUGUCCUUUUUGUAAAAAAAAAAUAGAAAAAAAUGCACAAAUGAAAAGGCAACAGUAUUUUUUUGUACUUUAACAAAAAAUAUAUAUCUAUCAUCUUUGUCCUUAAAACAGAUU